AGCUUCGUUGAAAAGAAAAUUCCAACAUUGUAAAAAAUCUGUCUUGUGCUAAAGGGAACCAAUGGAUUGCGAAGAAUAUCGAAGACGAGGCAAGGAGAUGGUGGACUAUAUUGCGGAUUAUUUGCAAAAUAUUCGUGAAAGGCGUGUUUUUCCCAAUGUCAAGCCGGGCUACAUGCGUAACCUCCUGCCGGAUUCGGCACCACUUGAGGGUGAGAGUUGGGAUGCAAUUGUCGCGGAUGUGGAGCGUGUUAUCAUGCCGGGAGUUACGCACUGGCAGAGCCCCCAUAUGCACGCCUACUUCCCAGCUUUGAAUUCCUAUCCAUCCCUGCUGGGGGACAUGCUAGCUGAUGCGAUAAAUUGCCUUGGAUUCACAUGGGCAUCCUCACCGGCUUGCACGGAACUCGAGACGGUGGCAAUGAAUUGGUUGGGGAAGAUGAUUGGGCUGCCGGAUGAAUUUCUUCAUUUGGGCAGCUCAAGCCGUGGGGGUGGAGUGAUUCAGACAACAGCCAGUGAGGCGACGCUUGUUUGCCUCCUUGCUGGACGAACUCAGGCCAUUAGACGCUUCCACGAGCACUCACCUGGGCUCCAGGAUUCCGAAGUAAAUGCCCGUCUUGUGGCCUAUUGCUCGGAUCAAGCUCACUCGAGUGUUGAGAAAGCUGCUCUUAUUGGACUCGUGAGGAUGCGCUACAUUGAAGCUGAUGAGAAAUUGAGCCUUCGCGGUGAGCCCCUUCGUGAUGCCAUUGAGAGUGACAUAAAGCAAGGAUUAAUACCAUUUUGGGUCUGUGCUACAUUGGGAACAACAGGAGCGUGUGCUUUCGAUAAUUUAGAGGAAGUCGGCACGGUGUGUCAGGAAUUCAAGCUGUGGCUCCACGUGGACGCCGCAUAUGCCGGAAGUGCGUUUAUCUGCCCAGAAUACAGAGGAUGGCUCAAGGGGAUUCGUCGUGCCGAUUCAAUUGCCUUCAAUCCCUCCAAGUGGUUGAUGGUUCAUUUCGAUUGCACGGCAAUGUGGGUAAAGAACAGUGGAGCCCUACAUAGGACAUUCAACGUGGAGCCGCUGUAUCUUCAGCAUGAGAACUCAGGGCUGGCCAUUGACUACAUGCACUGGCAGAUUCCGCUUAGUAAGCGAUUCCGUGCCCUGAAACUCUGGUUUGUUCUGCGAAAUUACGGCAUUAAGGGUCUCCAGAAACACAUCCGAGAGGGCGUUCGGUUGGCGCAGAAAUUUGAAGCAUUGGUUUUAGCUGAUCAUCGCUUUGAGAUCCCAGCCACUAGGCAUUUAGGAAUGGUCUGUUUUCGCCUUCGUGGUGACAAUGAUCUCACCGAGAAGCUCCUCAAGAGGCUCAACAAUCGCGGGAAUCUUCACUGUGUCCCAGCAUCGCUCAAAGGACGCUAUGUGAUACGCUUCACGGUUACUUCUUCGCGCACCACCAAUGAGGACAUCUUGAAAGAUUGGGCUGAGAUUAGGGGUGUCACCACGGAGAUUCUCGAGGAGUUGAAUGUAAAGAUUGAAAGAACGAGGGUUUGCCUCAAAGAUACAAGAGAGAAGAACGAAGCUUUUGGCUCAAGUCUCCUUCUGGCCAAUUCACCAAUGUCCCCAAAGAUCGUCAAUGGAUCUUUUGCUGCUAUCUUCGAUGCUGAUGAAUUUCUAGCUAAGGCCUACGCUGGCAUUAGGAUUUCUAAUCAGGAUUCACCAGCAAUGCGACGCCGUGUCCGUGGAAUCCUCAUGUCGGGAAAACAAUUCUCAUUGGAUUCUCGAAUGGAUCUCGUUGUUCAGGGCAUUCACAACAGCAGUGAUGGUGAGAACUUUCUGGACAAAGCACGCGCCAUCACGGAAGACAAUGAGGAUCCGUGGGAAGUUUAUGAAGGAAAAAACGCCAUUCAGAAAAAUGCUUCAGAGCACGACAUGAUUCCCCAGGGGUGGCCAUCAAGAAGCCGUCAACGUUCCAGCAGUCUGGCAGAAGUGAAUCAGAUCCCUGAAAAAUGGUCCCUUCCCCCUAAAACCCCAACAGGACGCCUAAAAAUCCACAGAAUGUCUGAACCACUCCUUUCCUCAACCCUUAAACAAUCCAAAGAGAGAUUCUUCAACGUUCAGCACGUUAAUUCCUUCUCCAGCAGCUUUGGGAGCAUUGUAGAAAAUUCUCAGGGAGUUUUCUGCUGUGGCUUCUCAAAUCCCGCCUUUUUCCAAACAAUCCCACCACCACCACGAAGGGAUAUUCUGGGAUUCUCCUGCCACAGCUCUGAAUGGGACUUUGGAGGAGAAUCUUGGAAUACCCCACAUAAUCAACGAUCCUUCAGCACAUCUAGUGAAAAACUAAUUUAUGAAGAGGAAAAAAUCUAUGCUAAUGUUAAAUUUUGCCAUAAAUGUGGGCAUCAUUCACUUAAAAUUUAACUCUGUGUGCCCUAAUGUAGAAAUCAUUCUAUUUUAUUAGGGAAGGGUGGGCUAAAUUGGAUCUUUUGCAAUUAUUUUUUUUUAAUAUGUUCUUGCAAGGAAUUUGAAUUCUGUUGAAAGAAAAAUCUCAAGAGGAGCAAGUUCUGUAAGAAAAGAUUAAAAAACAUAUUUUUCCUUAAAUCCGAAAAAGGUCCGAUUUAAGCCACUCUCCCUUAAGCAAAGAACUAAAAUAUUUAUUCAGACUAAGGUCUAGGAAAAUAUAUAUUUAUGUAAAGCAAGAAAAGGUAACGAAUUGCGAAUUAAACAAUCACUAUUUAGGGAUGUAAAAAGGAAUUUAGCAAAAAAGGAUCAGCUAGAAUUUGUUUCAUUAGAUAAAAGAAUUUUUUUUAAUUGUUUAAAGUUUAUUAAAAAAAGAGAAUAUCACAGUAUUUUAAUUUUAAAUACAUCUUUUUUUUCAAUUAUUGUUAUUCUUAUCAUUAUUUAUUUUAUUAAUUAUUGUCUCAAUUACUCAUUUUAUGAAAAAGGAGUUUAUUCAUCAAUGUAUGAGUCGUGAAAUUAUUCGAAGUAACAAUCAGUUUACGUGUAAUCUUGAUUAAUUAAUCCGAAUCUUAACGAAAAAUACAAAGAUUUUCAUUCAAAUAAACACCCUUCGCUAAAAACAUUUAAAAACCGCCAAAGAAGCUCCCAAAUUUUCACAAAUAUUUACUCAAAAAAUCAAAGAAUUACGUCAUCAUUCUGAUUUUUUCUUGUCUCUUUCAAUGCAUGAAGCAUUUACGCUUAUGCUUCAUUGGUGAGUAUUAAGUAUUUUUAUGCUUCAUGCAGCAAAAGAGAUAAAAAAAAAAUCACAUGAUGACGUCAUUCUUUGCAUUUUUGUGGUAAUGUUGGGGUUUUUCGAAUUAAUCCUUACGGAAAAUUUAGAAGUGAUUUUUAGCAAUUUCUUAUUAACUCGUUCUUGUCCCUUCUACAAGAUUAAGAAUCUUUUGAUUGCUUCGUAGAAUAAGGAGCUGUUCCAUACAAAGACGAAUAAACACCUUAUUAAAUUUUUUAAAAAAAAAUCCUCGUUAAAAUCUUCCUGCAAAAUUCCUGAAUAAUAAAAGAAAAUACUAAAAAUUGAUGUAUGUAAUGUAGAAGCAUCAAGAUACUGCUGUGCUAUCAAUAAAUGUUUAACAAUGUAUCCAAAUUAAAAGAAAAAUUAAUCAAAAAUUUGUUCUCUUUGCAAUUUAUUCCCAGAAAAUGUAGAAAAAGUAUUUAACAAGAAAUUUAACGUUUAACCAAGAAUAUAAUAAAUUAUCCUCCCAAUUAGAAAUUUACGAAAAUAUUACAAAUUUUACGGAAUAAAUAUAAAUAGUGAAAAAUGUAA